UUCAAAUUUUCCACAAUUCCUGAGCAGGCGCAAGCUGCGGACAUGUCGGGCGUUCACCAGCAGGUCAAUACGACACCGCUUCGUUUGCGUAGGAAGGUCCCUCUCAUUAAAGUAAACGGCGAAAAGGAAAGCCAACGGUAGACGGAGCCAUGAAAAAAAUGGCAGCUUUGCCGUCGGCAGACUGGCAAUGGGAAAAUGCCGUCGCCGGCGCCGCCGCGGGUCUCGCCACUGUCACUUUCUCUCAUCCACUUGACGUUGUUCGUACCAGGUUCCAAGUUUACGAUGGAAGAAUUUCCAAUGUCCCCGCCUAUAGGAACACACCUCACGCUUUAUAUGCCAUUGCUCGAAGUGAGGGUUUUAGAGGACUUUAUGCUGGUUUUUACCCUGCUGUUCUUGGGUCAACUAUUUCAUGGGGUUUAUAUUUUUUCUUCUAUAGCAAGGCUAAGCAAAGGUAUCUGAGGAACAGGGAGGAACUGAGCCCAGGACUUCACCUUGCUUCAGCUGCUGAAGCAGGGGCGCUGGUCUGUUUUUGUACCAACCCUCUUUGGCUUGUGAAAACAAGAUUGCAACUUCAGACUCCUAAUCAGAUUCGUCCAUACACCGGGUUUCAUGAUGCUUUAAGAACCAUAAUCAAAGAAGAAGGAUGGAGGGCACUUUACAAGGGACUUAUGCCAGGCCUAUUUAUGCAGGUUACACAUGGUGCUAUUCAGUUCACGGCAUAUGAGGAAUUUCGCAAAUUUCUUGUUAGCUCGAAAGCUCAGGAAAAUGAGAACACACUUGCCACAGCUGCUGACUUGUUGGAUUCAGUUGACUAUGCAACACUAGGGGCUUCUUCCAAGCUGGCAGCCAUUCUUACAACAUACCCAUUUCAGGUUGUGCGAUCUCGAUUGCAGCAACGACCAAGUACAACUGGAGUUCCAAGGUACAUUGAUAGCUGGCAUGUUGUGAAGGAAACUGCAAGGUUUGAGGGCGUACGAGGCUUCUAUAGAGGUAUCACUCCAAACAUGCUGAAAAAUGUCCCUGCAGCUUCAGUUACCUUCAUUGUCUAUGAAAACGUCCUAAACCUGCUAAAAAUGUCUAGAAGAGAAUAUUAGUUCUUCUACAUCUUUUUUGCCCCCACUUCUACUGUAGCACUAGGACUCUAUACUAGUGAAACAAUAUCUGGAAAAAGAAUACUCACAGAUUUGACAGAAGUACAAAUAGAAUCAUGAUGCUGCUUAAGAGUAUGUAUAAAGUGUACAAUAUCUCUAGACUUUGUAAUUUAUCAGAUAAGAAAUAACUUUUCGAGUCCUUGUUCAAGUACUCACGAAGCUGCUUUUGUAGCAACAAUAUUUGAUGGAAGCCAUUCUUUGACAUCUAA